AAGCUGGCGAUCUCACGAGAGAACGCGAAGCGAUUUCUUCGAUCGGUCAUCGCUUCGAAUAAUUCAGAAACUUCGUCUACGACUUCCGAAGACAAGAGGAGAUCUUGGUCGCCUACAAAACGCGAUCAGUCGAUAGAUCUCGGCGCCUCUGGGGAGGCCGCCAUCGGCCAGAGAAUGCGUUCCAGCUUCAGAAAUUCGAUUGGAGGGCCGAUUGGUGCACAACUCCAAAGGCCAAGACUAGGGAGUGACUCUCCAAACCCUUCAGGCUUGUCAUCAAGAGUAGACGUCGAUGGCCAAGUCUCCCCACGGACGGACGCCCGAUCAUCGGAGAACAGCUUCAUCUCUCAAUUGAAAUUGGACGAGGAGAAGCCGAUUGCAUCUGGCAACGGCGUCAUUUUGGGCAUUCACCUUGCAGAGCCGAUGCUGUUCUUACAGGGAUUUGAGCAAAACGAGUCUUCGCCACGAAACACUGCUAUGCUAAGAGGGGGGCUUCAUAUUCGUGUGCAGAAGGCGGCGAAGAUCAAAGCCAUCACGCUCAAAUUUCGAGGCGUGUCCAUCACGAGAUGGCCGGAGGGCAUUCCACCUAAGAAGACCGAGUUUGAGGAGAAGAACACCAUCAUGUCGCACACUUGGCCGUUCUUCAAUGCACAAUUCGAAAAUGCCGAGAAGGGGACAAACGCCGAUCAUGUUCAGCUUUUCAGCAGUCUGAACGGCUCAUCAACAAAGCUGGAUUCUAUGGGCGGAAUGACAGACAGCAACUCUUCCAGUAAUCUUUCUGCACGGGAGGCGAAAAAGCUUGCGCUGUCGGUGAAUCAGUCGCGCAGCUUUGGCAAAGGAGAUGCUCCCUCGGGUCCCUCGAUCUCUGCAAAGGGUUAUCGCACGUUUCUACCUGGAGACUAUCUCUACAAUUUCGAACUGCCCAUUGAUAGCCGCUUGCCUGAGACCAUCGACGCCGAACUUGGAUUUGUAAAGUACGAGCUUGAAGCAACCCUGGAGCGGUCCGGAGCUUUCCGAUCCAACCUGGUCGGCGUCAAAGAAGUCGAGCUCAUCCGCGCGCCAGCCGAAGGAUCUCUAGAACAGGUUGAGCCUAUCGCGAUCAGUCGAAAUUGGGAAGAUCAACUUCAUUAUGACAUCGUCAUAUCGGGAAAGAGCUUUCCGUUGGGAUCGAAGGUACCAAUCGCAUUCAAACUGACGCCUUUGGCCAAGGUACAGUGUCAUCGCAUCAAGGUUCUCGUGACAGAGAACGUCGAGUACUUCUGUUCCAAUAAGAGGGUGCAUCGGGUAGAGCCAACACGCAAGAUUCAGCUAUUCGAGAAGCGCUCUGACAGUCCUCCGGUGAGCAUGUUCCAGGGCAGUGAAAUCCGAGUCACUGCUGGUGGAGGCAUACCCUACGACCAACGCGAAGCUGCGGCCCGAGGCGAAAGCGUUAUCCCGACCGAUACGACCAACUUACUCGGUAGCCUUGACAGCGAGACAAGUGUCGGGCCAACGGAAAUGGAGAUAAAUGUGCAAUUGCCCAGCUGCCAGGCUAUGAGAGAGCGUGAGCGUGCCCAGAAGCUACACUUCGAUACGACGUACCACAACAUCCAAGUCCAUCAUUGGAUCAAGAUUGUGAUGCGCUUGUCAAAACCCGACGUCAACGAUCCGAGCAAGCGACGACAUUUCGAAAUCUCAAUCGACUCGCCGUUUCACAUACUAUCUUGUCGCGCGACGCAAGCGAACACUUCGUUGCCUGCGUACACUUCUCCGGAAGCUGCGCAAUACUCCGCGCAUCUCCUAGAGUGCGGUUGCCCAGACGCUGCACCACGACGGAAUUCUCCAGCCAGCUUCGUGCCAACGCUGAACUCACUCAAUGCGCCACGGACCAGCAUCGACGCUGGAGACAGUCGCUCCAUGAUGCCCGUCGCGACUCCAAAUUUGACACGGCCACCGGCAGCACACGCUGCUAAUCAUAUUGGCCGUCCGCAGGACGUGGAGCGCCCGAUGCACCUCAUCCGAGCACCUUCAUUCAACCCGCCGGCAUUUGAAGACGAAGACCCUCCACCACCACUCAUCACACCACCUCCACAGUACGAUAGCAUUGCUAGUCCGACAAGUGGUCUCGCGGAUUACUUUGCACGACUGAGCGACACUUACGAUUCGGACAGCGGAGAUGAAGGUGGUCGCGCCAGUGGUCGCGUCAAUAUCCCGCUUACCCCUGGUGGCAGGGUCAAUCGGAGCAUGGACCUUGGACGAUCAUGGGUCCCGGUGGGUGGGGUUCAAUAA